UAACACCUCACAAUAAGAUUCAGCUGUUUAGUGGGGACCAGCCACCAGCCAAAGCAUAUAAAAAAACCACACAAAAGUCUAAAGAGAAGUGAACAUUCGAAAACUCCUAGACAAAUCAGAAAGUUGAAAACAACAAAUCUUAGGAAAGUGUGAUUAUAAUGGCGGAUUCCUCAAAGACUCUGAUCAAGCUCCUGUCUUGUUUCUUUGUUUUAGUCUUCAUGCCAACCGUCCUAAUAAUAAAACCUCCUCAUAAAUGCCAGUCUCUUCUAAUCUAUUCUCUCUUUACUGCAUUCUCUCUGUCUAAUAUGGGUUCUCCAAGAGCUUUUGCUAGCCAGCAACAGGAAACAUUCACCCGUAAACGUGAGAGUCCAUUUUACAAGGGUCUGUUAAAACAUGAUCAGAAUUUUACCUUCGAUUUUCCUACAAGUACUGGCAACCAGAACGUUUCCCGGUCAGACAUUGGUCAUAGAAGACUUAAAAAUUUUGAUUAUGGAAAUGAGACGUCCAUGGAAUCCUCAUUCGAAGAUUCACUGACAAAUACCAAUUUUGAGCCUUUUCAACAAACUACUUUUGAGAAGUCAACAAAAGUUUCCAAAACAACUCCAGCUGUGUUUGCAAGAGCUAGAUCGGAUUCAGAUUACAGUUUUAGAAGUUUACAAGAUUCCAUAAAUGAGCUUGGUGCUUUAACACUUGAGAAAUAUGAAGGUCAUCCAACCUUUCAUGGUUCCUCAAAACCAAGUGAAAAAACAUAUCUAGUAAAGAAAAGAAAAGUAGACCUAUCAAGUGUUCCACUUCCUCAAUCUGCAGCAUCAUUUUACAAUGGAAUCUCACCAAACAUGGAAGUUGUCGAACAGUGUGAAACUGCUAAGAGACUUAAUUUAUAUCUAAGAGCAAGAAAGGAUGAAGUCAAUGCUGGUGUACCUGGAAGAUUCUUGCAUGCUGUAAUUGGCCAAGAUGUCCCUGAUGUUGGUUCUGUUGCUUCCACCAUCGCUUAUGCCUUCUACCUCAAUGAAACACAUAAAAUGGACAAAUACUGCACUGUGCCAGUCAUCAACAUGAAGAGGGAAGAAUUAAGCGCUCAUGUUGAAAUUAAAUGGUUGUUUGAGUCAUGCCAAUUGGACCAUACAUCCUUAAUUUUUAUCGAUGAGGUUGAUCUGUUCUAUUAUGAUCUGUUUGGGAGCCUUAAGCUAGUUUUGUUAAAUGGUCAAAACCUGCCUGCUAAACAAGAGGCACUGAAGGAUGCAAUAGUUGAAAUUUUAACUAGCCAAAAGGGUGAAUCGGCAUAUCCUGGGGUUAAAAUUGUUACUGAAACUGAGGACUGCUCAUGCUGCACAAUUGUUGCCGAGAAGUUUGCACUGACUUCACCAGAAACGUUGGUUGGGAAAGGAUUCAGUAGACUAUUGUUAGCUGGAAUCCUGUCAGACACUGAGGACCUAACCAAACCUCUUUGUUCCUCCAAAGAUAAGUACAUGGCUACACUUCUAAUCCAUGGUGCAGGUCGCCUGGGGUACAGUGGCCUUUAUCAAUUAUUGAAAUACAAGAAGCAUGAUGUAUCAGAGCUUAAAGUGGUUGACAUAUUGCGCAAAGAUUUCAAGAGAUGGACAAGAGUAGGUAUACAAGACAGUUCUGGUUCAAGAUUGUCUAACAACGGGAUGAGUUCUAUUGGAAUUUCUAUUGGACAACUUCUCUCUCACGAGAGUGCUGCAUCACAACAAAUUAAGUACUUUCAGCGGUUGGAGAAACUUAGGCUUCUCAUGAUUGUCUCUGGAUAUUACGAUUCGAAUAAAAACUUCAAGAGGGAGAUUCUAGUCUCUACCGAGUCUGUUGAGCUGAUGAAGACUCUGCUCGUGUUCUUUAACUCAAAUGCGGCACAUUUUCCUCUCAAAGAUCUCCAUCGACCAGGUCUUAUGAAGGAGAUGAGAGCAUUCGAAAUCGACAAGGUUAUAUCGAGAAAGACAAUUGAACGCCUCCUAGGUGAUUUCGGGGGGAAUUCAAAAGGGCAGCCAGGGUUGUGAUCAAGUAUGCUAAACCUGGAGAGUAAGGUUUGUCAUUAAGUUUGGAGAUGUAUGUAUGACACAGACAUAAUGAAAAAUGAAGAAUACAAUAUAGCUCACUCUGGUUAAUUUCAUGUGUUGAAAGGUACAUUCAAAUUAGAAUUAUAUGAGAACUUUUAUAGUUUUCAUGUUUUUAAAGUUAUACGAUUCGAUACCAAAGCCAAUUUAUGAUC